AUGCAAAACAAUGAAGUGUGUUGGAAAGUUCCUUACAAGAAUGUGAGUAUCAGAAGGCUUAGAAAAACUUUAAAAAUCAGGGCGACAUUUCUCCUCAUCCAUCAUCAAGAUCCACGUGGGAACUGUGGCAUCAAAUACCUGCAUUUGUGUAUUUGUGGUGUUGAGCCAGCACAGGUGACAUGUCCAGCACAGGUGACAUGUCCCUGUCUGUGGUUGCAGGCACUGAAGCUGAGAGCAGGAGACAAGCACUGCCUCAUCACCCGCUCCAAGUGUUUUCUGAGACUUGGGGACACAGAAAACUCCUUGAAAGAUGCUGAAGCCUCUCUCCAAAUUGACAAUACAUUCUAUGAGGGGCUUUACCAGAAAGCAGAGACCCUGUAUGCCAUGGGGGACUUUGAGUUUGCACUGGUGUUUUACCACCGAGGCCGAAGGCUCCGCCCUGACCUGCACAAGUUCCAGCUGGGCAUCCACAAGGCUGAGGAGGCCAUUAUCAACUGCAUUGGGAAUCCAUCCUCAGUGAAGCUGGAGAGCAAGGAGGAGCUGUGCUUUGUGAGCAGGCAGGCAGAGCUGCAGAGCAAAAAAGACAGCCAGAAACAGCAAAACAAACCAAAGGACCAAAAGGAUCAAAACCAGACCAAGAAGCAGAGUCCAAAAACAGAGCAACAGCUUCUGGGACGGCUUUAUGCUGACAAGGCAUACAUGGAGAAGUUGCUCAAGGAUGAAGACUUGAUGCAGAGCAGCACAAGGCAGGGGGUCAAAGUCAUGGACCUGGUUUUGGAUGGCAUCUCCUACCUGAACCAGCGGCGGGACUUCUGGCAGCAGCAGAAGCCGAUUUACGCGCGGGUGUACGAGCGCAAGGUGCUGCGGCAGGGCCGGGCGCAGGACAGGAAACAGAAACCAUCCGACAUUGCCAGAUCCAUCGCAAAGGACAUGGAGGAUAUUGAGCUGAUGCUGGCCAGAGGUUCUGCUGAGCAAAGCUGCAGGAAAGCUGAACGUCUGCUGAAAAAGAUACAAGCCUGGUCAGAGAAUGAAGUUCCCAACAAGCAUGAACUGAUUGGGAACCUCUACAGCUGCAUUGGGAAUACCCAGCUGGCAAUGGGACAGAUGGAGGCAGCUUUGCACAGCCAUAAGAUGGAUCUGGAAUGUGCCAAGGAGAACACUCUGCCGGACGCCGUGUCCCGGGCCCUGGACAACAUCGGCCACGUGUACGCCCGAAUUGGCAAGUUCCAGCAGGCCAUCAACACCUGGGAGGAGAAGAUUCCACUGGCCCAAUCCAGCCUGGAGAAGGCCUGGCUGUUCCAUGAAAUUGGGCGGUGCUACCUCGAGCUGGAUAAAGCUGAAGUAGCCCAAGAUUAUGGCGAGCAGUCCCUGCAGUCAGCAGAUGAAGAGGGAGAUGUGGAGUGGCAGCUCCAUGCCACUGUGCUGGUGGCACAGGCACAAGUGAAAUUAAAAGAUUACCAGUCUGCAAUCCUGAAUUUUGAAAAGGCUCUGGAGAAGGCAAGGCUUGUGCCCAGUGAAGCUGCUCAAAAUGGCAUCAUUGCGGCCUUGGAUAAUGUGAGCAAAAGCUUCAUUGCAGAGCUGAACAAAGGCAAAAAAGAUGGGACGAUUCCCUCACAUGAAGAUCGCCUUUUCAGCAGUGAAAGCAUAAAAACCACCGCUGAGAAUGUGGAAGAGGAGGAGAAAGAGGAGGAGAAAGGGAAUCAAGAUGAAGAGCCAUAAGAGGGAGCCAGAAACGAUACGUAAGCAGAAGAAAA